AUGUUCAGCAAGGGGCUUCUCGUCCUUGGCUUGGCGCUUCCUGCUUUCGCAGGUUCACUCGUACCACGUCAAAGUUCAUCUCUUGGAGAUUGCCCUGGAUACACCGCCAGCAAUGUUCAAGAUAAUGGCUCCAAAGUCACCGCCAAUCUUGCCCUUGCAGGCACGGCUUGCAACGUCUACGGUGAAGACUUGACUAAUCUGAGAUUGGAGGUCGAAUAUCAGACGGAGGACCGACUCCAUGUUAAGAUAUUCGACGCCGCUGAGCAAGUCUUCCAGAUCCAAGAGUCGAUCUGGCCUAGGCCGUCAAAUGAUGAUGGCGUCAAACCAGAGAACUCAGCUUUGGCGUUCUCCUGGACUGACAGCCCGUUCUCCUUUGCAAUUACUCGCAGAAAAACGAAUGAGAUGCUUUUUGACACUUCGGCUGCAAGCUUCGUCUUCGAGACGCAAUAUCUCCGUCUAAGGACCGGUCUGCCUGACUUGCCUAACUUGUAUGGUUUUGGUGAACACACUGAUCCAUUCCAUCUAAACACUACGAACUAUACCAGGACGCUCUGGAACCGAGAUGCUUACGGUACGCCAUCAGGAAGCAAUCUCUAUGGCUCCCACCCUGUCUACUUUGAUCAUAGAGGCGAAAACGGAACCCAUGGCGUCUUUCUAGCCAGCUCGGCCGGUAUGGAUAUCAAGAUCAAUGAUACUGAAGGCACUUAUCUUGAGUACAAUGCCAUUGGUGGCGUUGUUGAUCUUUAUUUUCUAGCUGGCCCCAGUCCGAAGGAGGUAGCUGUGCAGUAUUCUGCGCUUUCAGGUCUGCCGACCAUGAUGCCCUACUGGGGGUUUGGGUCACAUCAGUGCAAGUACGGCUAUCGUGAUGUUUGGCAAGUUGCCGAGGUCGUGGCGAAUUACUCUGCAGCCGAAAUUCCACUCGAAACCAUGUGGACAGAUAUUGAUUAUAUGGAGUUGCGUCGGCUAUUUACGCUAGAUCCCGAGCGCUACCCGCUCGACCUUGUACGCCAGCUCGUGGAUUAUCUCCAUGCACAUCAACAGCACUAUGUUGUCAUGGUGAACUCUGCCGUUUGGCGCGGUGACAAUGAUGUGUAUAAUGACGGUGCCAAACUCGAGGUAUGGCAGAAAAGAGCCAAUGGCUCCUUUUAUGAGGGUGCUGUGUGGCCUGGGCCAACCGUAUUUCCCGACUGGUUUCAUCCAAAUACCCAGAAGUAUUGGGACGACAAGUUCCUGAAGUUCUUCGAUCCUGAAACGGGCGUUGAUAUUGACGGACUGUGGAAUGACAUGAAUGAGCCGGCUAACUUCUGCCCGUACCCUUGCGCAAACCCCGAUGCUUACUCCGAGGAGUCCAAGAACCCACCAAAGCCGCCACCAGUCCGAAUCGAUGCAGACGGUCGCGAAAUCUCUGGCUUCCCGGUGGGCUUCCAACCAAAACCGAACUCCAACGCCACUAAAAGAUCCCUACACUCCCUUCAACACACCGCCCAGUCUGUCAAGAGCUUUGAUUUCAAGCGACAAGCCUCGAACAACUCUAAAGACCUGGCAGAGCACCUUGGUCUACCGGGUCGAGACCUUAUCAACCCUGCAUAUCAGAUCCACAACGACAUGGGCUCAAUCAGCAACCGAAGCAUGGACACUGACAUUCAAAAUCAUGAUGGCACAUUCCAUUAUGACACCCAUAACAUCUGGGGCUCCAUGAUGUCCAUCGCUUCGAGAAAGUCCAUGCUAGCUCGCCGCCCUGAAAGCCGCCCGCUGAUCAUCACACGAUCCACGUUUGUCGGUCUUGGACGCUACGUAGGCAAAUGGCUCGGAGACAACGUUAGUACGUGGGAGCAGUAUCGUUUCAGCAUCGCUGGCGUCCUCAACUUUGCCUCCGUCUUCCAGCUGCCUAUGGUAGGCCCCGAUAUUUGCGGGUUUGCGGGUAACACGACGGAAACUCUAUGCGCACGCUGGACCACCCUCGGUGCCUUCUACCCCUUCAUGCGUAACCACGCAGGUGACACAUCGAUCUCACAAGAAUACUAUCGUUGGAACCUGACGACAGCGGCGGCGCGUAAUGCCAUUGCGGUCCGAUACAGACUGCUCGACUAUUUCUACACUGCAUUCCAUCGCCAGACCACAACCGGCCUUCCCGCUCUAAACCCACUGUUCUACCACUACCCAGAGGACAAAAACACCUUCGCUAUCGAGCACCAGUUCUUCUAUGGCGACGACAUCCUUGUGUCCCCAGUGCUUGAGGAGAACAGCACGAGCGUCAGCAUCUACCUACCCAACGAGACAUUCUACGACUUCUGGACCUUGGAGACCGUCCAGGGCAAUGGGUCGUAUGUUGACCUCACCGACGUAGGCUUCGACACGAUUCCCCUGCAUAUCCGUGGUGGAUCUAUCCUGCCCCUACGCGCUGAGUCUGCCAAUACAACGACAGAGCUGAGAAAACAAAACUUUGUCCUUUGGGUCGCUCCAAAUUCGACCAACCAAGCACAUGGUACUUUGUACCUCGACGAUGGGGACAGUCUGGUGCAGAAGGCGACGAGUAACAUCGUCUUUACGUACGAUAACGGCGCUUUCAGCAUGUCUGGUGAUUUCGGCUACCAGACUGAUGUUGUGGUUCAGAAUAUUACUGUUUUGAGUACCGCGCAGACGGUGCAGGGUCCGAUCAGUUUGGCGGGAGAGUACAAGCACACCUUUAGCACGUCGAAAAAGAGCACUACCCCCCGUAAGUUUGAAGGCAAGGCAAAUCAAACAAAGGGAGGUAUGGGUAUGUGGGUCGCUGCUGUCUCUGGUGUAAUCUUGUCUCUUUUCUAG